AUGCGAAAUUUCGCGUGGUACAAUUUCAAUAUUUCACUCCCCAACAUGCUUGUGCUGCUGCGAUCAUCUGUGAGCUCCUUCUGCAGUAGAAAUCUGCUAGUGCCUCGUUUAUCCCUCGCUCCCCUCUCCACUGAGCCAGGUCCUGGCCCCUCUAGCAAUAGUGAUGAGUUGGUUCAAGAGCGACUCUAUACCAAGGUCAAUAUAAAGGUGAAAGGAGCAGACUAUGCGGUGCUGGACAGCUACUGUCGCUAUGUAAUCACUGCAGGGAAGGCACUUGGAGUCAACAUUGGAGGAAGAGUUGCCCUCCCCACCAGGAUCCAGAAAUUCACAGUUCUCAAGUCUCCACACAUCUACAAGAAGCACAGAGUCCAGUACGAGAUCAGGACUCACAGCAGACUCAUGCAGGUGAAGCACAUUACAGGGACCACGGCGGACAUAUUCCUGGAGUACAUCCAGAGGAACCUGCCCGAAGGAGUGGACAUGAGUGUGUACCAGGAGCAGCUGGACUCCCUGCCUGCCAUGCUCACCGGCCCUCCAGAGGGAGAGGAGGCUACCACAGUGACUGCCGAGGAAUCAGCUAGCGGGAGGAGGAACAAACGAAGAUAGUUUAAUCUAUCAUUCGAGUAGCUACUGUUGUGCGCAUGCGCGAAAGCGGAGACUGACGUGGCAAGCAUUCAGUAAGAGAGUUCUCUGCCGCUGAGUUUUGGAUAGACCAUGACCGUGGCUGGGGUUAUAUUAGUCGUGUUUCUGGCGGGAUCAGCUAGCGCCCUGCCCGUGGAUCCGCGGCUGGACAGGCAAGCUGGCGGCGGGUACCUACCUCCCGACAGACCCGUCUACGCGGACGAGGCCGGGAAAGUGAGGCGGCCUCGGUUCCCAGACACGCCAGGUCUGGACCAGGACGAGUACAACAGAUACUGGCAAGAGAUGGUCAAGGAAAAUCCAGCCAUGCUGGAGCACCUGAAGAAGGGUCUAGACCCGGAGCAGCUGCCCAUGCUCCACCCUAGAGUGAGUGAGAGGAUGGCGAGGUCCUCGGACGGUGUCCGCAACAGACUGGAGGAGGCACGGAGGAUGAACAUCGACGAACUGAGGGAACUACAGAGGCUACAGCAGUCACUGCAGGAGCAGAACCGCAGGUUCUCCCCAGACUCUGAAUGGGUGGCCAAAAACCAGGCUCUGAGGGAUGCCCUACCCGAGCAUUAUGACGCCGACGACAUCAGGAAGAGAAUGGCUGAGGUGAGAGAGAGAGAGAGAGAGAUCCUUUAUACUCGCCAUUACGUAUAGUCUCUAAUACUAUGUAUUACCUAUGCACAGACACACAUGCACACACACACACACACACACACACACACACACACACACUGGUGGAGCCGCGAAACUGUAACUUUCAAGUGAGAACAAAGUACUACUAAAACCAUUUCCCAACAGAGACCAUUUGUAGAAUUGGGCAAGCGAUCCAAAAAGGUUUUCGGUUUUCUCUAUGAAGCUCUUUUUACUACCAUGUUGCAUAAUGUAUAUUUGCUCCCUCUAUGUUCCUGUCUAUGGUAUAUACACACUACAUGUAAUUGAUAAGCGUGUGUGUGUGUUGUAGCAACGUCGGGUUCUGGAGGAGAUAGACCGUAAGAGGAGAGAGGAAUACGAACAGUACCAGCUGCAGCUGGAGCACCAGAGGAGAGAGAAACUCAAGGCCAUGAACGAGGAGCAGAGACUCCAGGCAGAGAGAGCGUUGGAGGAGGCGAAGGAGAAACAGAAGCAGCACGAGAAGAUGUACAAGCCGGCCAGCAAGCACCAGCUGGAGGAGGUCUGGGAGGAAGACGAUGGGCUCAAAGACGAAAAGUUUGAUCCAAAAACUUUCUUUUUCCUCCACGGUACAAAUGGAGACAAGAUACUUGACCCAAUGGAACUUCAGGCUCUCUUCUACAGUGAGGUGAAGAAGGCGUAUGGUAAGAACAUUGACAACAUGGAGAUGCAGGAGGAGCUGGCCCGGAUGAGGGAGUAUGCCCUGAAACAGCUGGACAAGAACGGAGAUUCGCUGAUAAGUCUCCAAGAGUUUUUGGCCUACACGCAGGGAGCUCAGUUUGAGGACAAUGAGGAAUGGAAGGGUGUGGUCGACCAGCCUGAGUCGUUCACAGAGGAGGAGAUGAAUAAGUUUGAGGAAGGCUACGAGGACUACUAUGACUAUGAUUAUGACAAGGAUGGAAACAUCAUUGGCUUCAAGACGAGGUCCAGAGAGACAAGCAAGUCUACCGACAAACACCCACCCCAGGAACAAGAACCGCCAGCCCCAGAAGGAGGUGUGAAAGAAAUGAAGGGGGACCCUGGUGCUGAUGAGCAUCGUGGGCCUCCAACUCACAGAGUCGGCGAGGUAGAUAGCCACCAACAGCAGCAAAAGCAGCAGCCAGAGGGACGCAAUGAAGGAGUGCCAGCUGGAGGAGGACAGGUGGUGGAGGGAGUUCCGGGGCAACACCAGGAUGAACAUGGCCAGGAGGGGGUGCCUGGUAAAGUGGUGCAGCAGGAGAUGCAAGAUGAUGGAAUGCCAGGCCAAGAACAGAUCCACAUCCAGCCUGCAGGGACUCAGAGGGAAGGUCAGGCACAGCAGUUCAACAAAAAUAAUGAUCAUCCAGCUCCCGGGCACCAGUAGCAGUCUCGACCGCCAAACUGAACACCACUGCAUACAUUAUUUGUGGCAAUCAUUAUUCUUAAGCAUUAUGGACGUUGCUGUUACUUUUGCCUUUUAUGUGACUUUGCAUAGUCUAUUUUUGAGGUACAGCAGUAGAAAGCCAUUGGCACAAAGCAGGCCUCAGUGAAACUUACAUCUUGACAAAUACAUGAACUUCA